UCUGAGACAUCAUACAAAGUUGAUCGCUAAGCAACUCAAAUUGAAAGCAAACUCAUUGCGAAUUUCUAGAUAAUAAAAAAAUAUAUCAUAUAACAUCUUCAAUUGAGUCAUCCAAGUGAAUUUUCAUUGAAAAAUGAUAAAGAAAUCAAACGUAGAAACAGCACAAAGAACUUAAAAGUUUCGUUUCGUUGUUUACUCAAAACAAAAAAUUUCCGAAAAUUCAAAAUAUUAAAAGAACAAAACUAAAGUUUUGAAAUCGGUUAAGAAAAUAUUAUACUGAAUUAGUAUAAAUAGCGACCUUAACGAAUUUGUAAACACUUCACUCAACAUGACAGAGACACUUCUGACAAAUCAUUCGAAUCAUGUCGUAGUGCCGGCAAAACUUCCUGAUAAAUCACAAGAGAGACCGGUGGAACACAUAGAACCACCUGAUGGUGGCAUUAGAGCAUAUCUUGUGAUGGUUUGUGCAUUUUUAUGCAAUGGAAUCAUAUUUGGUAUCAUAAACACAUACAGUGUGAUUUAUUUGAGUCUUCAACGUCAAUUAAAAGAUAGUGGAGAUGAAGCAGCAUCAAGUAAAGCUUCACUCGUCGGAUCUCUCACAAUCGGAGCCACGUUUUUAUUCUCUCCAAUUUCUGGCAUAUUAGUUGAUAAACUCGGACUUAGAACGACAACAUUUAUAGGUGGAUUACUGACGACAUCUGGGAUGUUUCUUUCAUCAUAUUUUGUUGACGAACCAUUCAAUCCCGACAAUGUGACGAUGCUUUGUUUAACUUAUGGAAUAAUGUUUGGAACAGGUGCUGCUUUAGCUUACACCCCAACACUUGCUAUUCUCGGUCACUACUUCAAACGUUAUCUUGGAGUGGUUAAUGGAUUGGUGACUGCAGGUUCUUCAGUAUUUACUGCUUUGCUUCCAGGAGCUUUAACGUACAUUGAAAUCAAUUAUGGACUUAAGAAAUGUUUAAUAACGUUGACAUUUCUCUCAAGCUUUAUAAUACUCUGUGCGAUUGUUUACAAGCCUUUGCAACCUCCGCCUCCACCUAAGGAGAAAAAAAGUGGACGAUCUCAAUGUUAUAACGUCACCAGAUCGGUGAUAAACUUUGAUAAUUGGAAGAAGAAGAAAUACAUUAUUUGGGCGAUUUCAAUUCCAAUCGCACUUUUCGGUUAUUUCGUUCCUUACGUUCAUAUCAGCAAAUUUAUAACUGAAAAGUUUCCGGAAAAUAAUCAAAAUUUACCAUUGAUAUGUAUUGGAAUAACUUCUGGUCUUGGACGAAUUAUUUUCGGAAUGAUUUCUGAUCUUCCAGGAGUUAAUCGAAUUUUCCUUCAACAAAUUUCAUUUUAUUUCAUUGGAAUGAUGACAAUGUGCUUGCCAAUUACUGGGAAUUAUUCUGUUCUGUUAGUAAUUUGCUUGACAUUAGGUUUGUUUGAUGGAUGUUUCAUUUCACUUCUUGGUCCGAUCGCUUAUGAUAUUUGCGGCCCACAUGGAGCUGCACAAGCUAUUGGAUUCCUUCUCGGAUUGUGUUCAUUUGGAUUAACUUCAGGACCGCCACUUGCUGGAAAAAUGUUUGACAAAACUCAGUCAUACAAAUGGCCAUUUAUUAUUGCAGGCAUUCCGCCAAUCGUCGGUGCAACUUUCAUGUUCUUAACUCGAUAUGUAAAAGAUGACGUCCGACGUAAGAAUGAAGACAAAGAACUUCAACCUUUUCAGAAUAUUCCACAACUUGCUUGGGAGAAAGAAAAUAACAACAAGACAGUUGAUGGAAAUCGUAAGGCGACAUUGGCAGGUCCAGAUGAAUAGAAAUUAUGAGUCAAAGUACGCCAAACUUCACUAAAUAUAAAUGUUAAGCGGUAAUUCAAAUACUUAUCUAAUGAUAUUCAAUUAAACUAAUAAGACUCGAUAACUAAAUAAACAUGUAGGUCAUUCUAGGUGACAUUCAUUCAUCGACGAUAUUCAAGAAAAUUGGCUAGAAAAAUA